AUGUCAGAAUCCCCAGAUCUGCCAUCCUCCUACGCCGCCCUUCCUACCAAACACAUCAAACUCUCUCACGUUCCGGCCGACUCACCGACCCCGACCAAGGUCAUCCUCGUGACCCUAUAUCGACCAGAGAAACACAAUGCGUGGAUCGCAGAAAUGGCACGGGAGCUGGAGGCGGUGUACAAGCAAUUCGACAUUGACGACCGAGUCCGCGCCGUCGUGCUGACCGGCUCCGGCAAGAUGUUCUGCGCCGGGGCCGAUCUCGAAGUCGGAUUUCUCACUGGCAAGGCCGCAAAGGACAUUGCCGACCCCGGCGGCGCCAGGGAUCACCGCGACAGUGCCGGCUGGGUAACUCUGGCCAUGCACAACUGUCGCAAGCCGACGGUGGUCGCUAUCAACGGCUCUGCAGUCGGCGUGGGCAUCACCAGCACGCUGCCCGCAGCCAUCCGCGUCGCGCACAAGGAUGCAAAGAUUGGAUUCGUGUUUGGCCGGCGCGGACUGAUCAUGGAAGGUGCAUCGGCCUUUUUCCUGCCCAAGUUGAUUGGACACUCGCGUGCUCUGCAUCUUGUCACGACCGGCGGUGUCUAUCCCGCCUCGCAUCCGCUGCUGUCAAACCUGUUUUCAGAACUACUCCCCACGCCCGAAGCCACCGUGGCUCGCGCGCUGGAACUUGCCAGCGACGUUGCCGAGAACACCUCGGUCGUGGCUGGCGCGGUUAUGCGAGAUCUGAUAUGGCGAACGCCGGGAAGUGCGGAGGAGACGCACUUGCUGAAUUCGCGGCUGAUUUUUGAUAUGUUUGGAGGCACAGACAAUGCCGAAGGGGUGGUCAGUUUCUUGGAGAAACGCAAGGCAGAUUUUACAGGCAGUUUCAAUCGGCCAGAAGAUGUGCCACCUGCGUGGCCGUGGUGGACGCCAGUGGGCGUGGGGAAGUGGCCGCGCAAGUCGCAUUUGUGA